AAGCACUGACAGCGCGCGCGCGCGUUAUGCACGCUCGGCUAUUGGUCAGCUGAUGGCACGCACUAGAUUGCGGAGGCUCUGCGUUGCUUUGCCAGUGAGAGGAGCCUGCGCUAUCAGGAGACACGGAGGUGUAGCAUGACGUUCACUUUAACGGAGCACAUGAAACGUACAUGGGAUUAAUAGGUUACGAUACAAAUCUUCGUUGCUCUGUAUUCGGAUAUGCUGUUUUAAAACGACGUGGUGACAUGGAUAUCAUAAUUUCUAGACAGUCCAAAAUCCUCAUGAAGGUUAAAGCCAAAAUCCUUCAGCACAGCAGCAUCUUCACAACGUGCGACAGCUGGAAUUGUGUGAUUCGUGACAUCGCAUCGGCGUGAGGAAAAUGACUGGCACAGUCUAAAGCAUCUGAUAUUAUUCCCCCAAGAAGAAUGCUGCAACAGAACAACAACAAUAACUGCUUGGACAUGGCCCAUCGGGAGCUACUGCAUGAAUGCCGAAGAACCAAUGUCUCAUUGACCAGUGCCCUUGAGUUUGGAGCCAUACCCCUGAUUAAAGGCCUGAGAGCAUGGGCUGUGAGUGGAGGCUACUCUAAAGCCAGGAGAAAGGCUGCUAAUGGAUCUCGGGCACAGAGCGUGUGCCAACAGCCUCCUGAAAACAGGGUGGGGCAGAGAAGCUGGUUAGGUCAGGUUAGCAGUGGCUAUGGGCACACAUUGGACAGUACAAAUCCAGGGGUCAGGCAAGGCGGUCUUGGUGCUCUUGUAACUGUGGCCACUUUGAAAGGCACUGAGGGGGGUGGCAGGCAGACUCAGACACGCUGCCUCUUUCUCAAGGCCCAGGGACGGGGCAGCUACAUCUGUGCUGUUGGAAACCGAGGGGCUGGAGCGAGAGUCACAGGUCCACGGACUCACACUGUCAUUCUUGAGGGGACAAAAGAAGAGCUUACAUGUUCCUCUAGGGGACCGAAGGUGAGCCAGGAUGGGACAGAUGAUGGAGGACUAUUCAAGGCCAAGCCCAGGGCCGUAAGAAAAUGGAGGAAGUGCAGUAAAACAACAGGCUCAGCGGAGAAAAGAACAAUAGCUCACGGCAAAGAGGAAAUCGCCAAUCAGCACUGUGAGCCGGAAGAUGGUGACCAAAAAAAUGCAGUCAUUACAGACACACCAUGUAACACAAUAACACAAUGCCAGAAAGGUAGCAGUGCUAGCUAUCCAAGUAAGGAAGAUAUCAAUGAGUUGGGCAAAGACAAAAGGGCUCAUUGCAAAACUGUUGCACCCGAGAGCAUGGAUUCACAAACCUGCUGCUCUUCUGCCAAACCAUGUGCCAAACCAGCUGAGAUGAGUAUUAAUCAAUCCGAUAACUGUUCUGAAAUUGAUGAAGGAUCCAGUUGUGCCAAUGGUGAUGCACAAGGAGACCCUAAGGUUAGCAGACAUGACCUUAAAUCAAAUGAUCACUUGAACAUUCAUAACUUUGUUGCUGAUGUGCCAAACCUAGGAUCAUCUGUAGCAUCUGAGGCUAACUUUGAAAGUCUAGAAAUAAAAUCAACCACAACAAACUGUAAUAAUGCGCCAAGCAUAGAUCAUUCUUCCAUUAAAACUCCCUCUGAAGUCCCUGUCAGCAUUCAGAAGAAUCAAGAAUCCAGGCCAGAUGACCGCCUACUGGACCGUGAGAAUCUACAUUCGGUGGAGACCCGUGACCUCACAACACAGAGAGACGGCUCUUCAGAUACAAAGAAUACAGUCAUGCCGGAGGGCUUCACUCCAGUGGAUGCUGAAUGUAGCACUACAGAGAAGAAGUGGAGGGCGCCCAUGUGCUCACCUCAGCAAUGGGAGGAAUUAAUCACAGAGCAUGUGGAACUUGAAGUUCAGCAGUCUGACAAAUCCUCUUCACAAGGCUUUAGCACACCAACAACCAAUAUAACUGUAACCACUAUUCACUCGCAGCCUAAUCCUGCCCCUACCACCACUGCAGCCAUAGCAACAGCCAUCCCAGCAUUAAGCAAUGGGGAGGUGGGGGCUAGAGGUGGAGACUUGCUGCCUCUGGUGAACUCAGAGUUGCUAUCAGAGCCGGCAAGAGUUGACGACAGGGACAAGGUGGCCACUGACGAGGGGUCUCUUGAUGUGGGCGAGGAGGAGGAGGAUGAGUUUGGGGCGUUCAUGCAGGCAGGUGGGGAGCAGCUGUGGAUGGACGGGUUCAGUGAAGUCCAACAGUUGGCUGCGGGAGAGGAUUACAACUGUGAUGAAUGCACAAGUUCCACUGAUGCAAAUGAACCCGCAUCCUGGGCAUCUGAUUGGACGGCAGACCAGUCAUUCCAGCAGUCAGAGAGCACAUGGAUUGCCUUCAGCCAGGAGACUGUGGAGCAGAAGAUAGUGCCUGAUGGCCAGUGGUGGCCUUCUACUGAAAAGCCAAACCUUUUCCUCUCUCCUCUCCAUAAUGUGUCAAAUGUGUUUCUAGAGGCCUUUCCCUCUGACAAGUCCACCUGUGAAGAUCCUGAAUACAUUCCUACACUAAAGCAGCUUCUGCAAGGACCAGCUGAAAACAGCAAUAUAGGGGAUCACAAGCAACAGAGCUUACUUGAUGGCCUCCAGGAUCUGGACCGGAUGAUUGGUGUGAAAUAUAAGAGGGCGGAGUCUCUGCCCUGUAAACUUCUCCUUCAGUCACUGCAUUUGGAACGUCCCAGCUCUGAAUGUGUGACAGUUCGACUGAAGACCAGUGCCAGGUUUUCUCCAAAUCUCCCAACAUCCAACCAGCAAUUAGCUGCAAAUGCUAAGAGAAGACUGUCAUAUGACUUCAACAGAAAUAUCAUGACUUAGUCUCUAUAUCUGAUGAAAACAUCUUUGACCUAUGCUUCCUUGAAAAAAGGAAAUUCAGGGGAGAGGAAUAAUACACGCUGAAAAACUGAAUUUCCCUGGAUUGACUUCUAUUCAAGGUUUAUUUAAAGUGUAUUUCUUCUUUCAAUGUCUGUUCUCACUCUGUGUCUGGUAGAUUCUGUUUCUCAUUCAGCUGUGUAUCAAGAAACACAAUGCUUAUGUUCAACCAAAUAUAUGUUUUUCAGUAUGUCAGCAUAUUAGGGUUAAAUUAGGACAAAUAUACUAAAAUGUCAAGUAAAAAAAAAAAACUUUUGCCCAAUUGUUUAGUUCAGGUGUAAGGAGACUUGUGCAGCAUUGAUUCUGGUUAUUUGACCCAUUUUUAUCAAAUAUGACAGUAUGCAUUUUUGUAUUACUUUCAAUCUAUGGAUUACAUUUGUUAGAAUAAGAUUAUUUUGCUGGAGCCAAUCCAUGGCGAACCUGUAGAUUCAAAUCUGGCCUGUCAAGUCCCAAUCCCAUACCCUAACCUUCCUUUCUACUAUAUUACAUGAUAAAGGCAAAAAUACAAAUAUAUAUAUAUAUUAAUGGGGAAAGAGAGAGAGAGAGAUUAGAUUACUUUCUACUCCCAAAAAGCUCUCCUUCACCUGAAAAUUGUCAAAAGCUAGCAAAUUUCCACAAAAUGUAUUUUCAUACACCACCUCACAGAGAAAUCCAUUUUCUUGUUUCCAUGUCUUUUCUCCCUGUGAUUGAAGUACUAAAUAUGACACUGUAGUGUACCAUUUUUAACUCCUGAAGAAUAGAGACCAUAUUUUCAGAAGUGUUUUAAAUGAAUGUUAACAUUUUAAAUUGAACCUGUAAGCUUGUUUGUUGAUUGAUGUAAUUAAAAGACCUUUAAAGGAC